AUGAUUUAUUUUGCCUUUUUAUAUCUUUUAUCAAUCGUUUUAGCUAUCAGUCCUAUUGAGGUUAAAGGUAAUGCUUUCUUUGUUAAAGAUACAAAUGAAAGAUUCUACAUAAGAGGAUUGGAUUAUCAACCUGGAGGAUCAUCAAAUUUAACUGAUCCUAUUGCUGAACCAGAAUUAUGUGAAAGAGAUAUUGAAUAUUUCAAAGAAUUAGGUAUCAAUACUGUUAGAAUUUAUUCCAUUGAUAACACUAAAGAUCAUAAAGAAUGUAUGAAUUUAUUAGCUGAUGCCGGUAUUUAUGUCAUUUUUGAUGUUAAUACUCCAUAUGCUUCAAUCACCAGAGGUAAUACAUCAGAAUGUAGUUAUAAUACUAUGUAUUUAAACGAAGUUUUUGCAUCCAUUUUAAAAGUUGCUGAUUAUAAUAAUACUUUAGGAUUUUUCGCUGCUAAUGAAGUUAUUAAUGAUGAUGAAACAACUGCUGCUGCUACUUAUGUUAAAGCAGUUGUUAGAGAUAUGAAACAUUUCAUUAAAAAUAGAAAAUUAAGAAAUAUCCCUGUUGGUUAUAGUGCAGCUGAUGUUGAAGAAAAUAGAUUAGAAACUGCUCAAUAUUUCAACUGUGGAGAUGAUGAUAUGGCAAGAGUCGAUAUGUUUGGUUUCAAUGAUUAUUCAUGGUGUGGUAAAUCAAGUUUCACUAGAAGUGGUUAUGAUAAAAAAGUCGAAGCUUAUUCAAAUUAUUCAAUUCCUUUAUUCUUAUCAGAAUAUGGAUGUAAUGAAGUUAGACCAAGACCUUUUACUGAAAUUGAAUCCAUUUAUUCAACUGAUAUGACCCAUGUUUUCAGUGGUGGGUUAGUUUAUGAAUAUAGUGAAGAAGCCAAUGAAUAUGGUUUGGUUGAAAUCGAUGGUAAUAAAGUUACUACUAAUGAAGAUUUCGAUAAUUUAAAAGAGAUGUUUGAAAAAGUCAAAAAUCCAAGUGGUGAUGGUGACUAUCAAUCUGAUUUAGAUUAUAGUGAAUGUCCAGCUAAGAGUUCCCAAUGGAAAGCUUCUAAUGAUAUCCCUGAUACUCCAAAAGGAGCUUUGAAAUAUAUUAUUGCUGAUGCUGAACCAACUGGUAAUGGUUUCGAUGCUUCAACUCAAUGGGCUUGUAUUGCUAAAGGUAAUGAUGAUGAUGAUUCUGAUGAUUAUAGUUCAAUUGGUUCAAUGCCAACUGGAUCAUCAUCAUCAUCCUCAUCAGGAUCAGGAUCAGGAUCUUCCAGCUCGGAUGAUUCUGAUUCUUCUUCUUCAUCAUCAAGAGAUUCAGGUGCUGGAGAAUUAAAAGCUGGUAUGAUGAUGUCCUUUAUUGGUUUGUUAGUAGGAUUGUUGGCUUAUUAG